UUCCCCUAAGAAACAUGGCGUCCGGGUUUGUAAGCGAGCGGACCUUGGCGGCGCGAAAGGAAGAGAGGCGCCGCCACCGCGAGGCGCUGCUCGAGCAGAAAAGACAGAGCCAAUGCUGGAGUCCUAGCAAGUCAGCUCAGAAGAACCUAAUGGCAGAACAACAACAACAAACCUUUGUCCAUUUUGUAUCAUAGAUCAUCCACCAAGUCAACUGAUGUCAACUGAAGUUUUCCCAUAACCAGGCCUGAAGCCAUACUAAAAUGAGAUUAGAUAAUCUAUGUCAUUUGGGAACGCUUGGAAUUGAGAGGCUACCGCAUUCUCCAGUAGUUAUUAAAUAUAGUGAGAUUCACUAAAGGGUCAGACCUCCUCUGGAGUAUUGUGUUCUGUUCUGGGCAACUCAUUUUAAAAAGGAUUUAAACAAGUUGGAAUGGGUUCGGAAAAUGGCAGCAAGGAUUAUAAGAAGCAUGGAGAACAAAACAUACGAGACAAGGUUGAAGGAGAUAAACAUGUUCAGCUUGGUGAAGAAAAGACCGGGCAAAAGCUGAUUAUGAAAAAAAAAAGCGAAAAGAAGAAUUGAAGCGACUUCGGGGGGAAGAUACAUGGAUGCUCUCCGAUGUGAAUGAUCGUUUAGAAGACUUAAGAAAAGAACACUCUGCUACAAAAAAGAAAAAGGAGAAGCAUUCCAAAAAAAAUAAAAAGGAAAAGAAGAGGAAGAAGGAUAAAGUAGAAAAAAACAAUGAAUCAUCGGAUAGCACUUCCGAUUCUUCAGAGGAGUGGGUGGAGGCUGCUGUACCAGAGUCUUCGAGAACAGAAGAGUCAUGGAAGGUGAAAAAGGAACAAUCAGACAAUGCAGAAAAUCCUGUGGCAGUUCAGAGGGAUGAGUGGAUGACCUUAGAUUUUAUGUCUGUCAAAACAUUGUCGUCAGCAUCGCUGAAGGCUGAAAAGCAGAUGGAAAAAUUACUGGAACAACAGAAAGCCCAAGCACAUGAACAGUCUCUGCUUGCUGAAAGAGAGCUGAACCCAUAUUGGAAAGAUGGAGGCACAGGCUUACCACCACAAGAAGUAACAUCAUCAAGAAAAGUGGCAGGAGUAGAAGAUGGUGGGUUAGGUUGGCUGAGGAAAUCUUACCUGAGAAUGAAAGAACAAUCCGAGAGAGAGAAACGGGAUUUGGAUGAAAUUGUAGCUGAAAGAUAUGGGUCAGUGGAGCUAUUUCAUUCAAGAUUGGAAGAAGCGGAGGCUUCUGCAGCCCAAAAAGAAAAAGGCUGGAAAAAGAGUACUUAUUCAGGAAUGGAACGUAAUAUGAGGCCGAAAGAUGCAAGAGACAUGCAAGAAGAAAGCAGUGCAGAAAGGCAUUCAUAUAAAGAACAAUCUAAGGAGAGAUAUAAUGACGAUUACUCCUCAAGAGAGAGAAGUUCCAGAAGAGACAAACUAACAGAAGACAGAGAACCAAGACAUAGUAAUAAGGAAUCUGCAGUAAAGGAUUUUUCUUAUAGAACUGCAAAGGAUUCUAAUAUAAUGAAAAAUUAUGAGAACCCCUUUUUGAAACCAUUAAAAGCUAUGUUCUUGAAGCCUGAUAACGAUAACAACCAAAAAAGCAAGCCAUUGCGUCCUUCAUCCCAAUUUGUUACUCCUAAUUCUAUGGGUUAUGGUUUCAGAAAACCUGGUGAUGAUGAUGAGGCCAUUCCAAGAUGGCGUAAAGCACAACCAAAGGAACAAAUUGGAAAAGCAACUGUAGAUGAAAAAACAUCUAGAAAUGAGAAUAUUGUUAUUAAUGAGGAGGAGAAAGAUUCAAGAGUCAAACAGGAAGAAAUUCAAGAGGAUUUGGGAGAAAAUGAGGUGUUAGACAGCAACACCUCAUCACAUUCAGGGCCUUUUUCAGAGGAUGAGACUCUCCAUAUUCUUAGUGAUGAGGAUAUGAACAAACUGGGAGCUAGAAUUGUAAAAGCAGAAUUGAUGGGAAACAAGGAUUUAGCUGCAAAACUUCAGGCUCAGCUUGACAAUGCGCGUAACAUGAAAAACAAUGGAGCACAGAUACGAGCUAAAGAAUCUGGGAGGGAGACCACAGCCUCUCAAGAAGAACAUGAAGUUGUCCUGGUUAAAACCGAUAAAACUGGAGGAGUUUGGCCUGUUAAUGCUCCACAUGAAUCAUUCGAGUCUACAGGCAGAAGGAGGAAAAAGCAGAUCACGACUCAUGUCGACAAGGAAAGGGUUCGGUAUUUUCAAGAUGAUGAUAAUCUGAGCCUGAAGGAUUUGGUCAGAAAUGAAAAGAUGAGAACAGCAGAGGAUCAAAAUAGGCUUUUCAUGAGAAUGGCAUCAAAGUUUUCAGAUAAAACCGAUAGAGACUACUACACUCUGGAUGACAUGUUUGUUUCCAAAGCAGCAAAGGGUGAACAGAGUGGGGUGGAGGAGGGAAGACAGAGGAGCCAAGCCAUCCAUGAGCAUCGGCAACUUGCUGCACGUAUGGAAAAAUGCCCUCACUGCUUCGGUAGUGCUGAGCUUCCAAAACAUCUCAUCAUUGCAAUUGGAAACAAGGUAUACUUAUCAUUGCCAAACUUCCAGUCCCUUACUGAAGGGCAUUGCCUAAUAGCUCCUAUGCAGCACUACACUGCAGCCACUCUUCUGGAUGAAGACAUCUGGGAAGAAAUUCAGGCAUUCAGAAGAACUUUGGUAAAAGUGUUUGAAGCUCAGGAGCUGGACUGUGUUUUUCUUGAGACAAACCUAAGCAUAAAGAAGCGAUAUCACAUGGUAUAUGAAUGCAUUCCUCUUCCAAAGGAGAUUGGAGACUUGGCCCCCAUCUACUUCAAGAAAGCUAUAAUGGAGUCUGAUGAAGAAUGGUCCAUGAACAAAAAACUGAUAGAUCUGUCUUCAAAAGAUGUCCGCAAGUCGGUUCCAAAAGGUUUGCCCUACUUUUCUGUGGAUUUUGGUCUCCAAGGAGGCUUUGCUCAUGUCAUUGAAGAUCAACACAAGUUCCCUAUUUAUUUUGGAAAGGAAAUCAUUGGUGGCAUGCUGGAUUUGGAGCCCAGGCUUUGGAGAAAAGGACUGCGGGAGAACUUUGAGGACCAGAGGAAGAAGGUGCUGCAGUUUGCUCAGAGAUGGAAACCGUUUGACUUCACCAAAAGCAAAGAGUGAAGAUGCAGAAACAAUACUUUGACAUUUACACUAGCUGGAUUUGCCAGGAAACUAUCACAAGCCAUUAAAUUCAUCCUCCUUGCAGAGAAGCUCAUAUUAAAGAUGACGUGGAUAUUUUCCUACUUUUUAUGAACACUUUUAAAGGCAAAAAGUAGGGGGAUAGUUCUUUUAAACAACCUUAAGAAACCUAACUAUGAAUUAUGUCCAUUUUCAAUGUCACAAAUGGAAAAUUAAAUCCUUAAUGAAAUUGAUGCAAAAUGUGUUUACAAUUAUUCCUGCUGCCAUCUAUACUAUUUGCCAGUUACAUUAUGUAGAUUGAACUUUGUUUGUGUAGACAACAGUGCCAUGAGCUUUUAAUUCAAUACUUUAUUGUUGACAAGUGCCCAGUUUAGCAAGGAUUAGUUAGAGACAACUUAAUUCCUGCUCCAUUUUAGUGCUUUUUUCCCCUCAUCCUUCCCCAUUCAGCCAUCAAUUUUUUUCUUGUUAGUCUUUGCCUGGAUGUCUGUAGCUCGAGGGCUGCCUAUAUUUGGAGGCCUAAGUGGGAAAGUACUUGAAAGCAUACAACAGCAACAAAGUACAUUUAUUCACAUUUGUUUUACCCUUUCUAUAUCAGUGGAGUUCUUUUGAUUUUUGUGUCUGCACAGAAGGUAACAGGUGGGUUAUUUGAAAAUAUUCCUACCUGUGUUGGCCUAACACGCAGCAUUCCAUAUUAGGAAGCCUAAUCCACAGAAGAACAAGAUCAGUGGGAAGGCUGUCUAUCAAAUAAGAGUUCAUGAAAAGCAAAGAGGUAUUUACAGUAAUAGAAUCUUGUGAAAUAUUUGGGAAUAGUUUGGCCUUGAGUAGUAAUUUAAAAAGCCAGGAAUUUCCCAGUGGGAGGAAAUUCCUGGCAUUGUCCUUAGAGAGAAGGUUUGGGAAUACUUGUUUUGUUUUAAAUGUAGCCAAAAUAAAUGCGUAUAAACCAAGGUAACUCUUGGGAUAUCUCAGUUGUCCUAUCCAGCAAGGAGGAAGAUCACAGAAUUUCCAAAGGCUACAGUGUCACCGCUUCUCUCAUAGUCUUUUAAAGAUAGAGACACAACAAAAUCUUCUAAACAAAUUCCUUUCCCUAAGAAGUUCCUGAAUGCAGCAUGUUUAAUGGCACAGGAAAUAACAUCAAAUCUAUCUACCAGCUCUCAGUGAAGCAUAUUAAUCUGUUUUUCACUUAAGAACGAGUACAGAUUAAGUAUCUCUUACCUGAAAUGUUUCAGACCAGAAAUAUUUUGAAUUGUUUUUGCGGGGAGGGGAUUUUGGAAUCUUUACGUAUACAUAAUGUGACCCCUGGGAGGUGGGGCCCAUAUCUGAUCACAAAAUUAAUUUGUACUUAAUAUAUAUCUUAUAUAGAAUAUUCUGAGGAGAAUAUAUGCAACAUUUUAAAUCAGAAAGCAAAGCUGUCACUAUCUCAGCCACCCAUGUGCUCAGUUUUGGAUUUUGGAGCAUUUCAGAUUUUAAGAUAGGGGACAUUGAACCUGAAUUUCUGUUUUAACAUUAAGACAUUCCAGACACUGAAUGUAAGCCUCAGCAUUUCAAUCAUUUAUUUGGUGAAAGAUAUAUAUAUAGUUAACAUCUAGUUAAGGAUAUACUAAAAUGUACAUUGACCUUUCUAAAUAUGUCUGAAAUAUGACCCUUUAGAUGGCUGUAUGUGUAUAAUCAAGUUUGGACAAGCACCUACUCUUUUAAUAUUCAGGAAAGAGUUAAAAACUUGGCUGUUUAAAAAAGCCUGUGAUAAUGGCUAGAGUAUGACUUAAUUGUCGGACAGGAUUGGAAUUGUUUAUUAGAACAUAAUGCUAGAUAAUUUGACAGCAGGAACAGACUGGUUAAAUGGUGUUUAUAUUUAUAUUGUUUUAGGGAGUAAAUAGUUUUAAAAAUGUUAUUUAUUAAUGUUUUAUUAAGGUAAAGGUAAAGGUUUCCCCUGACGUUAAGUCCAGUCAUGUCCGACUCUGGGGGUUGGUGCUCAUCUUCAUUUAUUACUAUGUUUUAAUUCUAGGUGGUGAUAAUUGGUUAUUGUUUUUAACUAUUGCUUCUGUUAUUUUGUAUCUAUUGAUUGCUGUAAGCCACACCGAGUCCCUUCGAAAAGGGGGCUGGGUAUAAAUAAAUAUUAUUAUUAUUAUUAUUA